AUGUUCAACCAUGAAUCACUCGAUCAUUCCCAACCUUCUAUAAGGCUUUUAACCAUAUCGCCAAUCUUGUCAGCCGAAGGCCUCAUCCAGUGUUCCAUAUCGCAUACGACCAUAGACCAUGCGCCCUAUCGUUGCUUAUCGUACGCGUGGGGCGACCCUGAACCGAAGCAACUUGUAUUGAUGAACGGCGGAUAUUUCUACGUUCAACCGAAUCUAUUCGAAUUUCUGAAGGUCACCAGAGCCGACACUGCACGUACGACUCAUCGAUAUUGGAUAGACGCUGUUUGUAUCGAUCAGAACAACACGCCCGAACGCAAUUACCAAGUCAUGCAGAUGGGGAGGAUCUACUCUGGAGCCGAAACGGUCAUCGCAUGGCUCGGACCCGCGUCACAAGAGACAGUUUUACAUUAUCAUGGGAUUCUGCAGAUACCGCUGGAUGAUCCUAAUCUCCGUCGCCUUAUGAAAACGACCGUAUACAACGACUUAGCUGGUAAUCAAUAUUGGACCCGAGCAUGGAUUACACAAGAGCUCAUACUUGCACGCCGUAUCAGCGUUGCAAUUGGGUCACUAACUUUCACGAUCAAUAAGCUCCUAGAGAUGGUUCGUGCCAUCGGAUUCGCAUUCGCCAGACGUGAAGCCGUCAGCCAAGUAUCAGCUCUUGGUAGUAGCAGUCACAUCAUCGUUGGCAACCCUCUAGCAAGCCUUCUGUUAACGUUUCGUGACAAAAGAUGCAGCGUUGCCAGAGAUAGGGUCUUCUCACUACUUGCACUAUGCUCUGAGACAAAUGCUAUCACGGUCGAUUACGGUUGCUCGGGGUUUGAACUGGUGUACUCCAUCAUGAAGAGCAAUGAGCAUACCCUCUGCGCUUGUUCCACUCUCGUUCUUUGCCCGAGGUCAUGGACUGGGACUGAUGGAUCGAUGACUUCAAUUCGUGUGGGUUAUGGCAACUGGGACAUUAACGCUGCUGAGUCUGCACUAGAAGAGUCGGCGUUCUGA